CCCAGUUCCAUGCAAAGGAAGCCUCUCCUAGCUUCUAGCCCACGCUAGCCCACACAAGCACCAGGAGGCAUUUAAAGACAGGGGCAGGUCAUCUGUGACCCCACGGACUUCGAACGGUCACCCGAAGAUAAGCGGACCUAAAAACCUGGAGCCCCCAAAGAGCAGAGGAGCCUGCUGACCAUGACGGGACCUCACCUUCCAUACUACUCACCAGACCUGGGGGGCACCUGGGUCAUGGGGGACAAGGAUGGCUUCACAGCCCAGGAGGACAGGGGUCCGUGUCCCGAAAGAACCAGCGGAACCGUGAGGACCACGCUGUGGCCAGAAGACCGCGCUCUCUUCCCACACACUACGGUCCCCUGGCAGAGCACUUUUUCCUGGGGUCGCCGACCCAGACCUGAACACCAGAGAAAUCCCUUCAGAAAAUUCCCGUCACUGCGGCUCCCUGAAGAGCCACGGCCGCCUCCCACCCUCCUGCCCGAACUCCUGACAGUGGUGAUUAACUUUCGGUCAAGGAACAAUGACCACCCCCCAACGUAUAAAUCGCUGUGCCGAGCACUCAAGGGCUGUGACGGAAAUAUAAAUAAGCAGUAUAGCCUAGUGACUUGGAGGAAGGGGCUGUCUCCCUUCAGCCAGGUGUUCUCAAUGCCCCUCACCGGCGACCUCAAACCGUCCUUUCCUGGGAUUUCCAAAGGAGGCCGCUGGGCACCACCCAUCAUCAGCUUGGUCGUCAUGGGCCCACAGCGUUCAUCUGAUCAUCCGGCCCUUCGCCCUCUUCAGGCUCAGGGCGCCCUGGUCCCUGAACCUGUGACUGCUUCCAGCUGCCCUCGGCCCCCCGCCCCCACCCUCUGCCUCGGACAGGCCUCCGGCGCGUGUGUGGUGGUGCCCCGGCCACGCCGCGAGUUCGGUGCGGCUUACCCGGCAGCGCGGGCUCCUUCUUGCUCGUCGUCGCCGGAGGCCAGCUCUGUGCUCUCGGGCGAGUGGAGGGGUGGGGGUUCCGGGGCAGCCUCGGUGAGCCGCGGGGACGCGGACAGCCCGGCGUGGGGCGCUCCCUGGAUGAGCGCUCCAGGGCGGGUGGCCUUCCCCCAGUUUGCACGGAGGGCCCGGGGCCGAGUCACCGCCGAGCUCCCGGGACCGGGGAAUGAUAAAGCAUCUGGGGAUUGUGAGGAAGGUGAACUGGAGAGGUUCUGGGGACCCCAGGAAGGACUCUGCAUGACGACUAAGCGCUCUUUGCUGGACUAUUCGGGCAAAUCACUCAACUUUGUAAUCUGUCAGUGGGUGAUGGUCCCCACAGGCCAGGAAGGUGGAGACAAGCCCCUGGCUGCUGGGCCAAAAAAGGAACUGCGGCAGAGUUCAGCCCCCUGCGCUCAGGAUGCCCCAAGUGAGGAACUGCCCCCCUCCUGCAUCGUCCCCGGGGAGAAGCCACCAUCAGACCCCCCUGGAGAACCAUCUGGGACAGAUACCAGGAGAGGGGGCCAGCCAUCUGGUUCGGGGACUCUCCACAAAGACACGCCUCUGGCCCCACCGGGACCCCAGCCUCCUGGGGAAGGCUGUUCCUUCCCAGUGAAAGAGGCAAAGCCAGGGAAGAGGUCCUACCCUCCAGCCUCCAGUAAGCAGAAACUACCCAGUGCCGCGGGUCUGGCCCCCACACCAUCUCCUGGUGUCACCCACUCAGCCCGUGCCGCGCACAACCCAGUGCCUUGUGGGUCAGGCCGGGGGCCCUGCCAUCUGGCUAACCUCCUCAGCACAUUGGCUCAGAACAGCCAAAACACCGAUCAGAAGAGGUCCCUGGAAGUGACCUGCCAAGUUCGGAAAAAGACCCGGACCCUAUACCGCUCAGACCAGCUGGAGGAGCUAGAAAGGAUCUUCCAAGAAGACCACUACCCAGACAGUGAUAAGCGCCGGGAGAUUGCCCAGACUGUAGGGGUUACCCCCCAACGCAUCAUGGUAAAGGGGGCUGGCCAACUGGCAUCAGGGUGGUGGAGAAACCAUCAACUGUCUGAGUCUCUGCUGUGCUCCUCGAACACUUCUAGGGUCUCUCCCCUAUAGGUGUGGUUCCAGAAUCGCAGGGCAAAGUGGCGGAAAGUGGAGAAGCUGAAUGGCAAGGAGGACAAGGACAGCCCUGCAGACCCUGCCCCUACUGGGGCCAGCGGUCAGUGCAGCUCUGCAACUGAGCUGCCAGCCGCUGUGCCCAUGGACCCAGAGCCUGGUACCUUCCCUCAGGAACCCCCUCUGGAUUCUCUUGCAGAGCCUCCCAUGCUGCUGGCCUCUGAGCACACUCUGGCCCCAACCCAACAGAGUGAGAGUACUCAGAGGGUAGCAGUGACCCCGCCGCUCUUCAGCCCUCCGCCAGUUCGAAGAGUCAACCUUCCUUUUCCCCUUGGCCCUGUCCCCACCCCCCAAAUGAUGCCUCUGCUGCUGGAUACCCCAGGCAGUGACAGCGGCCACAAAGAUGGCUCCUGGGGGACAAGUGUCACCCCACCAUCCACCUGCUCGUACUUGGAGGAGCUGGAGCCCCAGGAUUACCAACAGAGCGCCCAGCCGGGACCGUUCCUAUUCUCCCAGGCUCCACAGAGCCAGCUCUACCAACAGCCUCAGCCCCAGUUCUCCUACCUGCACCCCUUCCCCUUCCCCAUGCCCCACCCCCUGCAGCCUCUGCUGCCGGAUGACCCCCUCUUCACCUCGCCCUAUGGCCCCAGUGCGGGGACAUCACAGGGCUACUUCCCAGGGCCGCCGCCUCCGUCAGGGCAGAUGGUGCUUCAGCCACCUGCUGGGAAUGCAGGUACAGUCCCCUGGAAUGACCCUUGCCUUCCAGAACUGCCUUUCCCUGGUCCCUUCUGUCCGCAGGCCCUGGGGCAGCCCCCCGGAGGGGACGGCUACUUCCCUGAUCUGCUCCCAGCCCCCUAUGCUCCGGCCCUGAGCAGGCAGCCUUCCCCAGGUGUCACCCGGCUGCCCGAAGGGGCCAGGCCCGAAACGGGACCCUUCCUCGGCAGGGCCCCCGAGGAGCAGCCUGCCCCCUGUGUGGAGGGGCCCCCCGCAGCCGAGGAGCUCCGAGUGGAAGAGAAGGACAGCUGUGGCCCCUAAGUGUGGGGCCAAGCAGUGUGGAGGAGCAGGAGAGGCUUGGUGCCCCCUCCAGGAGACAGCGAUGUCAGGACAGACUGCAGAGUCUCCUGACCCCGGGGGAAAUCGGACGUUUCCCCUCUGUGGGCUCACCUUGCUGGACCUGAUUGGAGAAGGAUGAGGGCCGGCCCGCCCUCUUGUCCACACGUCUGUGUGACCACCCUGAGAAAGGGAUGGUCCCUAUGAUUUCUGAAUGCUGUGUACGUUUCUGUUGUUUCCUUUCCUUGCCAGGCAAACGCGUGUCUGUUGUAAGGGGUAGACUAGUGCAUCUUGGGCCUCUCUGCGCAGCUCUGUGUCUCCCCACUAAGAGCUGCAUUUCUUUCACCACCAUCCACUCAGCUGGCCGGUUGUGGGAUGCAGUCCCAAGUGCCCCAAGUGAGGUCCCCAUUGGGCAUGACCCCAUGGAACCUGGCAUCUUUCCUGGGCCCAUCUCCUGCUGGAGGGGAAAUCAGGCAUCUUGGGCCUGUUUUUCACUCCUGACAUUAACUCUUAUUCCCAAACUCAGGACUGAACCUGAGCAAAUUUGAGCACCAGCGUCUCUCUGGAAUUUGGGCAUGGUAGGGAUAGGAUUACAAGAGACACCCAAGGAUAUUUCAGGUCAAGGCUCCGUGUUGUGAACCAGAACUUAUCUUUCUACAGCUCUUCUUUUGGGACAGGGAGUAGGAAUGAGAGGU